UUCGAAAUUACAGCCUUCGCCACAAAACAAUCACUCCCACACUCUCUCUAUCGUUUCUCUCCGUCUCAAACCAAUCAAUUCCAAUAAUUCCAUAAAAGAUUUUCACACAAAACCCUUUCUUUCUCAGCUGAUUCCGCAUUAUUCAACCAAGUUCCUUAAUCAAUUGCUCUAUUUUCUCUCUCUACAAUCGUCGUCGUCGUCAUCAUCAUCAUCAUCAUCUUCUUCUUCGUCUUCGUCUUCGUCUUCGUCUACACAUGGCAAUGGCUAGCAGUGGUAAUGGUGGAGGUGGAGAAGACGAAGUGAAGCAGUUGGAAGCUGAGCUGAGCAAAACCCUAAAACAAGGAGAGAGAAUUCUCGCCCCCACUCGAAGGCCAGACGGAACCCUCAGAAAACCCAUUCGAAUUAGGGCUGGUUAUGUUCCUCAGGACGAAGUCGCCAUUUACCAAUCCAAGGGAGCUCUGUGGAAGAAGGAGAUGCAAUCGUUGCAGGAUGUGCCGCCAGGUUACGAUCAGGUUUUGGAUUCAAAACCUAAGACCAAAUCUGCUAAGAGGAACGAAAGGAAGAAGGAGAAGCGGCUACAGGUUACUCUUUCUCUUGAUUUUGCUGCUCUUGAUAAGGGUAAGAACUCGGAUAGGAAUGAAACGUCGGAUGAAGAUGCAAGUCAGGGAUUGGAAUCUGUUGAGCCAAUGGUAUCACAGUUGAAUGACCUUGCUAUAUCUGCAAAUUCUGCUGUGGUUGCACCUCCCUCAAACUCAACACAAUGUUCAACUCCUUCAGAUCCUGUUCCAGAUGUUGAUAAAAAGAUUAGAGCACUAAAAAAGAAGGGAAUAUAUCGUUGAUUUUCAUUGGGCAUGAAAUCUGAAAUACGAAUCUGACAAAACCCUUUGCUCAAGAUUAGCUGAAAACAAGUAAAAGUCUCACUUUCCAUCGUAUUUCGACGGGAGCCUGCAUUCUGAAUAUGACAGAUAGCUCAGGAUAACCAGAAUAUAAAUUAGUCAGUGAACAUGCAGAAAACUAAUUCCAGACUCAGAUGUAUUUGGUGAAACAUUGGUAAAAUGAUUGAUGGAUCAGUUCUGUCUGAUUACCUAAACAAGCACAACUGUUUUAAUUAGAAUUGUUGUGAUAAUUGUUGGAAUGUAUCCUACAUCUUCUGGAAUUGCCCUAUUUGUAAUGGCUAUAAGGCUCCAAUUUCUGUCUUCUUAACACUUGAGUUUUAAGAAGUGCGGGCUGGACUUUUCAAUUUGGUAUCAGAGCUUGGUUGGGCCUGUGAUUGGUGUGCCAUUUAUCUGGCUAUUGUAUAUUGUGGUCCAGGAGGGUGUGCUAGAAGAUGUCUCACAUCGCCUAGAGUUGUCCCAUUUGUAGUAAUUAUAAGCUUCCAGUUUCCCUCUUCUUAACACCUGGGUUGCUUUUCAAUUAUAAUCAACUGGAAGGAUCUUGUCUUGUCCGUGGCACCUGCUCUCAUGAGGAUUUUUGAACCAAGCACAAAUCUGUUUAAUAGUGGAAAUGUAGAUCAUUGGAGCCAAGAAAUUUCAACAUGCUUAUGUAUAGUUUGUUUGUACGAAAAAAAUAUCAGUGAAUCAUACAUUUGAUCCUAAGUAACAAAACACGAUGUUAUCGAGCUAUGCUGCUAGAUCAUCAUGUAUCAUGUUACCAGAUAUGGGAUUACUUGGGUUCAUACUAUUUGGGCAGUCAUUUAUGUUUAGUACUGCAUUUUUUUUUUACCUGUUUUUUAGAUUCUUUGGUAAAUCUUGGUUGGGAAUGUUCGUCACCUCAGAUUGCUACCUGUUUCCAACCGUUCAACAGUUAUAUAAUUUGUACAACUUCGUAGUAAUUCCAUCAGGUUCAUUGGGAAACCUCACUGCUUUUGGUGUGAUUAAUAUACCUAAACAUCUCUCAUGUUUCACAAACGUAGUUCCCAAUGUCACCACUCAUUUUCUGCGAGCUUUCAAGGUUCGAUCAUUAUGACGAU